UGCAGCCCAAGAAAUCUUGCAAGUUGCAAUUUUCAAAGUAUGGUGAUGCUUAUCGUGAAUCGUAUACUUCUUUUGUGCGUCAUUCAGUGGAGUCAAGCUGACGCAGAAAUUGUACUGGUGGAAGAAAUCAAAAAUGGUGACCAUGUCAAGAGCAAUUUUGAUGAGGGGUUUCCAGAUACUUCAGAAUCUGCAGCUGACUUAGAAAUUGUACUGGUGGAAGAAUUCAAAAAUGGUGACCACGUCAAGAGCAAUAUAGAUGAGGGGUUUCCAGAUACUUCAGAAUCUGCAGCUGACUUAGAAAUUGUACUGGUGGAAGAAUUCAAAAAUGGUGACCACGUCAAGAGCAAUAUAGAUGAGGGGUUUCCAGAUACUUCAGAAUCUGCAGGUGACGUAGAAAUUGUAUUGGUGGAAGAAAACAAAAAUGGUGACCACGUCAAGAGCAAUAUUGAUGAGGGGUUUCCAGAUACUUCAGAGUCUGCAGCUGACGUAGAAAUUGUAUUGGUGGAAGAAACAAAUGGUGCCCACGUCAAGAGCAAUAUUGAUGAGGGGUUUCUAUAUACUUCAGAGUCUGCAGCUGGCAUAGAAAUUGUACUAGUGGAAGAAACAAAUGGUGCCCACGUCAAGAACAAUAUUGGUAAGGGGUUUCCAGAUACUGUAGAGUCCGCAGGUGACGUAGAAAUUGUGCUAGUAGAAGAAAUAAAUGGUGCCCACGUCAAGAACAAUAUGGAUGUGGGGUUGCCUGAGACUUUGGAGUUCAAUCUGAACCGUGGCACCAGUUCUGACAUCAAAUUACUGCUACAAGAAAUCAAACAAUUAAACUCAAAUGCUUACAUGACAUUGGUAGAGGUAGAGGGAGGGACACAUCAGCCCUUCAAAGUUUACUUAAAACCUGUAGCGGGUUCUAAACAGUACAGAGGCGAGAAAACAGGAGCUCUUGUUCAAGUGUCUUGCGAAACCCAAUCUGAUGGUCCUUGUCAUAGAAUGAUAGAGGGAAUUGUAGAAAUUGAAGGAUUCGUCUAUGAAAUAAGGCCGUCACUAGUCCCGUCGUUGCACAGCGGCCUAGACUCACAUCUCCAGGUCCCACACGAAAUCAAAAGGUUUAUUCCAUCAACGUUAGAGGCGAAUAAGUCGGACAACAUUAUGCGAGGGCAAUUUGGAACUUCCUUUGUACGGAUACCAGAUGAAUACAGACGUGAUGCUUCAGAAGAGGACAACGUAUCGGAACCGGAAAUUGUACUGCUGGAAGAUAUAAAUGGUGACCAUGACAAGAGGAAUCUAAAUAUGGGGUUACCAGAGACUUUGGAGUUCAAUCUGAAGCGAGGUACAAGUCCUGACAUGAAAAUACAGCUGCAAGAAAACAGGCAUUUGAACCCAAAUGCACCAGUUUACACUACAGAUGUAGAGGGAGGGAAGCAUCAGCCCUUCAAACUUAACGUAAAACCCAUAGUGGGUUUUAAGUACUACAUGGACAAGAAAACAGGAGCUGCUGUUCAAGUGUCAUGCAAAACCCAAGCCGAUGGUCCGUGUCGUAGAAUGAUUGAAGGAAUUGUAGAUAUUGAAGGAUUUGGUUAUGAAAUAAGUCCAUCAACAGCCCUGUUUUUGCGUCGCAGUACAGACACAAAUAUCCACGUCCCACACGAAAUUAAAAGGUUUGUCCCACCGAAGCAUCUAGUUAUGUCAGAGCCGGAAGAGCCGGGUAAUAUUGUACACGGACAAUUUGGAACUUCCCAUGUUCGAACACCAGAUGAAGACAGACGAAGUGCUUCAGAAGAGGAAAAUACGUCGGAACCAGAUGAGCUUCGCAAAAGAAGAAUGGAAUACUUCGGAUUUUUUCCACCGCGACCGAAAGUUGUAACAGGACAUCUUAAACAAGAGUUAGACACAGAAUUGGGUGAAAACGAAGUAAAUAAAGACAAUGAAACAGAGACUGUAUUUACACAGAAAAGUCGACCAAAGAGGCAGACAGAAGAAACAUAUACUAUAGAAAUAAUUCUAUUAAUUGACCCAGAUUGUUGGAAAAAAUACUUUGAUUCUACCACUGCCAGCAAUGGAAUGACUCAGGAUGAGGCUACAAUGUAUCGUCUGCGACAACGUUGGGCUCUUAUCAUGAAUGGCGUUAGUUUAAGAUACGCUAGCAUUGAUGACCCCGAACUCACUAUACAUAUAACCAUAUCAGGCUUCGUGUUUAACAAGGUUAUAGAUAGCAGUAUUCCCCUCCCACCAUCGGAGAAUAAACCUGUCAUAAAUGGAACCACGUAUGGUGAUGCCAGUGUAUACUUACGCGCGAUGAUUGAUUGGGGCAUGGCGCAUAGUGAUUUACCAUCAAAUGAUCAUCUUAUGGGCCUGACAAGCCUUGACUUGUACGCUGGGAGUCCGUCACAAUCCUCUAUCGUUGGGUAUGCCUUUUCUAAUGCCUUGUGUUCACAUUACCGAGUUUCUGUGGUAGAAGAUGGAUGGGACUUUUACCUCAUAACAAUAAUUGCUGCGCAUGAACUCGGUCACAGCUCAGGUGCUGCUCACGACGGAUAUGGCAAAGCAGCUAAUUGCUCUGCCAACCGCAAGUUUACUAUGAGUACCUAUCUGGUAUUAAACCCGAACUCUCCGUAUACUGUCGAUCCAUGGAGAUUUUCAGUGUGUUCUAUACAAUCAUUCAAGGAAAUUCUUGCCAGACUCAAACCGUAUUUAAGGGACAGUGCACAUUUCUACGACAAGGCAGAAUAUGACACGUUUAAUGCGUUAACACCUGGGCAAACAUUCUCACCUGACGAUCAAUGUAAGCUAAUCAUGGGAGAAACCUCCUACAGUUGUAACUCUGAGGAGGAUGAGAGUAUAUGCCGUCCAAUGAAAUGUCGUAAAAAUCGCAGCUGUUACCUUUUUGUAGCAGCAAGCGGAACACCAUGUGGUGUAAAGAGCCUUGGUAAAUGGUGUUUUGAAGGUCGAUGCGUUGUAAAUCCUGCAGCAACAACAACAACAACAACAACUCAGGCACCUACGACAACAACAACAACUCAGGCACCGACGACAACAACUCAGGCACCGAAGCCAACAACAACAACAACUCAGGCACCGAAGACAACAACAACAACUCAGGCACCGAAGACAACAACAACUCAGGCACCGGCGACAACAACCCAGAAACAAUUAUCAGAAUCCUGUGUAAAUAUUGGAUGGAAGCGUUGGUCUUGUGGAAUGAUCUCUAAGUAUUUCAAGGCUAUCUUUGGCUUCUUACCGAGUUACUGGUGUCAAGAUCCGCACUGGGACCAUGCGUGCUGUGCUUUAUGUGCCGCUCACGCAAACUUUAAUAAGGGCGGCACCACAACAAAUGAACCUCCGACGACGACGCCGGAAUGUGUAGACAAAGGGUACAAAACGUGGAAAUGCAGCACUGUGUCCGCGUAUUUCAAGAAACGCUACAAUCUGAUGCCCCAGCGGUGGUGUUUGGAUCCAUACUGGAAUGAAAAUUGUUGUGUACUGUGUGCAAGCCACGGAGUGUAAAAUGGUACUGGAGAUGACUUCAGAUCGGACCCAUUAUACUUGAAUGGGCUAUUGAACUCGGAAUGUAAAUUGUCACGAAACUGUAUUUUUACGUUGUUUGAUAUCAUUAUAAUGUGGAUGGUACAAGAAUAAUUAUUGUCAAAUGCAACAACAAAUUAAUUUAAAGUUCAAAUAGCAAACGGGAUCGCUGGGACUUCGUACAAAACGACAUUGUUACCACAUCCGUACUUGGGAAAACUGAAACAUGUAUCAUUAGAACAUUGAGAAAAAAAAUCAAUAUGAAACUAUAUGUAACUGUCUUUUGCAAAUAUGAAAAUAUAUGUAACUAUGUUUUGCGAAUAUGUAAAUAUAUGUAACUAUGUUUUGUAAUUCUAUGAAGGAAUGCCGAAACAAUUACUAUUCAACUGAUGAUACGACUUGUAUUAUCAUUUGAGCCACACCAAGAGAAAACCAACAUAGUGCAUUUGCGACCAGCAUGAAUCCAGACCAGCACCCUGCGCAUCCGCGCAGUCUGGACAGGAUCCAUGCUGUUCCCUUACAGUUUCUAUAAUUGCAAUAGGCUUUUAAAGCGAACGGCAUGGAUGACCAGACUGUGCGGAUGCGCAAGCUGGUCUGGAUCCAUGCUGGUCGCAAACGCAUUAUGUUGGUUUUCUCAUGGUACGGCUCAUUUCGGCUUUAAACCUGUUUACAUUUAUACGAUCCUAUAGCUAGUGUUGCAAUUGGUUCAAAAAUAAUAACAAAGGAGUUGUAACAGUCACUUAUGUUGUUCACGAUUUUGUUGUAGUAUCCAAAUUAUCUAGAAAAUUGACAUUAAACACAGAUGAAAUG